AUGUAUCUUUAUCGCCUAUUGAAAUCAUUAUUCAAAACGGGAGGCUCAAAACCCAGACUCCGACCUCUGCCCCGCGCCACAGGACCCCUGAUCUGCCCAUACAAAGGCCCAUCUGUCCUCCUCUCCCCCCAAUACAACAAAGGCUCUGCCUUCCCCGACAAUGAGCGCACAACGUUCAAGCUCCACAGCCUCCUGCCGCCAAACAUCCAGACUCUGGAUGAACAGGUCCAGCGCGCUUACCAACAGUACCAAAGCAGGACGGACAAUCUAGCCAAGAAUACUUUCUUGGCGAGUAUGAAAGCCCAGAAUGAAGUGUUGUACUACAAGCUCUUGCAAACGCACCUCAAGGAGAUGUUUAGUGUGAUUUAUACGCCGACGGAGGGCGAUGCGAUUCAGAAUUACUCGCGGCUGUUUCGAAGGCCUGAGGGGUGUUUCUUGAAUAUCAAUGAUCAGGAUUCUUUUGAUGAGUAUCUUGCUACCUUUGGGUCUGCGGAGGAUGUGGAUUAUAUUGUCGUUAGCGACGGCGAAGAAAUAUUGGGCAUCGGAGACCAAGGCGUCGGGGCCAUUUUGAUCUCCGUUGCUAAGUUGGUUAUUACCACGCUCUGUGCUGGGAUUCAUCCUUCGCGACAACUUCCUGUUGUUCUGGAUUGCGGAACGGAUAACGAGGAAUUGUUAAACGACAGACUUUACCUAGGUCUACGACAGCGUCGUGUCAGGGGAGAGAAAUACGAUGAAUUCGUGGACAACUUCGUCAAAGCUGCUCGCAAACAAUUUCCCAAGGCUUACAUCCACUUCGAGGAUUUCGGACUAAGCAAUGCACGAAGAAUCCUCGAUAGAUACCAGGCGCAAAUACCCUGUUUCAACGACGAUAUCCAAGGCACAGGGUGCGUCACACUCGCAGGGAUGUUAGCCGGUCUUGAAGUCAGCGAUGUCAAACUGGAAGAUGUACGCGUGGUAAUCUUCGGCUCUGGAACUGCCGGCAUGGGCAUCGCCGACCAAAUCGCAGAUACCAUCGCGACGGAGACGAAAAAAUCCAGAGCUGAAGCAUCGAAGCAGAUAUGGUGUCUCGACAAACCCGGUCUCCUAAUGAAAUCCCACGGCGACCAGUUAACCGAUGGCCAAGUAUCUUUCGCACGAGACGAUGAGGAAUGGUCAGAUGAGGGUCGAGAUCUCCUUUCGGUUGUUAAGAAAGUCCAUCCACAUGUGCUUAUUGGCACGUCUACGAAACCCGGCGCGUUCACUGAAGAUGUCAUUCGAGAGAUGGCUGAACAUGUAGACCGUCCGAUUGUCUUCCCGCUUAGCAAUCCGACACGACUGCAUGAGGCAAAGCCGCAAGAUCUCUACGAAUGGACUGAAGGGCGAGCUCUUGUUGCUACGGGUAGUCCAUUCCCGCCGGUUGAGUACAAUGGUGUGGAGUUCGAAAUCGGAGAGUGUAACAAUUCAAUGUGUUUCCCGGGGAUCGGUCUCGGGGCAGUCCUCUCACAGUGUCGUCUCAUUUCGAAGAAGAUGUUGGUUGCUGCAGUGGAAGCGUUGAAGGCGGAGUCACCGGCCCUGAAGGACUCGAGUAAACCGCUGCUCCCGGAUGUGCAGGAUGUGCGUCAAAUCAGUGUGGAUAUUGCUGCUGCGGUGAUUAAGUGUGCGGUGGAGGAAGACCUGGCGCAGGCGGAGGGCAUUCCUACUACUGAUAAGGAACUGCGAGAGUGGAUUCAGGCUCAGAUGUGGGAGGCUGAAUAUCGUCCUUUGGAAUACGAGGAGUAA